CCCAUUUGUUUAGGCAGUAGGGAGUUUCUGCUAGGGUCUGGAUUGGAGUUACACAGACCGGACCCUAACUUGUAUGAGAGGUGUCUGAGGAGAAAAACAGGAUUCCCCUUGCCUCAAAGAGUCUACAUGUCUAAUAUUUAGACAUGUUCAGCUUUGUGGAUAUUCGGUUAGCGCUGUUGCUCAGCGCAACGGUGCUUUUGGCGAGAGGUCAAGGCGAGGAUGAUAGCACAUUUGGCAGCUGCACAUUGGACGGACAGUUGUACAACGACAGGGAUGUAUGGAAACCAGAGCCCUGCCAGAUCUGCGUGUGCGACAGCGGAACCAUCAUGUGCGACGAAGUAGUUUGCGAGGACACCUCCCAGUGCGCUGAUCCCAUCAUCCCCGAUGGAGAGUGCUGCCCUAUCUGCCCUGACAUCGAUGGACCCCAGAUGCCAGAGGGCCCUGGAGAUGUUGGUGACAAGGGUGACAGGGGCCUUCCCGGUCCUCCUGGCAAUGAUGGAAUCCCCGGCCAGCCUGGUCUCCCUGGACCCCCUGGCCCUCCUGGACCCCCUGGCCUUGGUGGAAACUUCUCUCCUCAAAUGAGCUAUGUUGACCCAUCCAAAUCAAGCGGCCCAGCCGUCCCCGGACCAAUGGGUCCUAUGGGUCCCCGUGGUCCUCCUGGCCCCCCUGGAUCCUCCGGUCCUCAGGGUUUCACUGGCCCCCCAGGAGAGCCUGGUGAGCCUGGAGCUUCUGGUGCCAUGGGUCCUCGCGGUCCUGCUGGCCCCCCUGGAAAGAACGGAGAUGAUGGUGAGCCCGGCAAGGCUGGUCGCCCCGGAGAGCGUGGACCCGCUGGCCCUCAGGGAGCUCGUGGAUUCCCCGGAACCCCUGGACUGCCCGGCAUCAAGGGACACAGAGGUUUCAGCGGUCUGGAUGGAGCUAAGGGAGACACUGGAGCAGCUGGCCUCAAGGGAGAUGCUGGUGUCCCUGGUGAGAAUGGUGCCUCUGGUAUCAUGGGUCCUCGUGGUCUUCCUGGUGAGAGAGGCCGCCCCGGACCUUCUGGCCCUGCUGGUGCUCGCGGUAACGAUGGCAACACUGGUGCUGCUGGACCCCCUGGACCCACUGGACCUGCUGGUCCCCCUGGAUUCCCUGGUGGUGCUGGAGCUAAGGGAGAGACUGGUGUUCAGGGAGCCCGUGGAUCUGAGGGACCACAGGGAGCCCGUGGUGAGCCUGGUAACCCUGGACCUGCUGGACCCACUGGUCCUGCUGGUAACCCUGGAUCUGAUGGCGCACCUGGUGCCAAGGGAUCUCCUGGUGCUGCUGGUAUUGCUGGUGCUCCUGGUUUCCCUGGAGCUCGUGGUCCUGCUGGAGCUCAGGGAGCUGUUGGCGCCCCUGGACCCAAGGGUAACAAUGGUGACGUCGGUACCCCCGGUUCUAAGGGAGAGCCUGGUGCCAAGGGAGAGCCUGGCCCCGCUGGAGUUCAGGGACUUCCUGGACCCUCUGGGGAGGAGGGAAAGAGAGGCGCUCGCGGAGAGCCUGGCGGUGCUGGACCUCGUGGACCCCCUGGAGAGCGUGGUGGCCCUGGUGCUCGUGGUUUCCCUGGUGCUGAUGGAGCUGCUGGUGGUAAGGGAGGCCCUGGUGAGCGUGGUGCCCCCGGCCCAAUGGGAGCUCAGGGAGCCACUGGUGAGGCUGGACGCCCUGGCGAGCCUGGUGCACCUGGACUUAAGGGUGUGACUGGUAGCCCUGGAAGCCCUGGUCCCGAUGGCAAAGCUGGCCCCUCUGGUGUCUCUGGACAAGAUGGCCGCCCCGGACCUCCUGGCCCCGCUGGAGCCAGAGGACAGCCUGGAGUUAUGGGAUUCCCCGGACCCAAGGGAGUCGCUGGUGACGCUGGUAAGGCCGGUGAGAGAGGUCCUGGCGGUCCUGCUGGCCCUGUUGGCGCCCCUGGCAAAGAUGGUGACAUUGGUGCUCCUGGACCUUCUGGCCCUGCUGGAUCUGCUGGUGAGAAGGGAGAGCAGGGACCCGCUGGUCCUCCUGGAUUCCAGGGACUGCCCGGACCCCAGGGUGCUACUGGUGAGACUGGCAAGCCUGGUGAGCAGGGUGUUCCCGGUGAGGCUGGACCCCAUGGCCCAUCUGGAUCCAGAGGUGAAAGAGGAUUCCCUGGUGAGCGUGGUGCCACUGGCGUCGCUGGCCCCACUGGACCCCGUGGUGCUCCUGGUCCUGCUGGUAACGAUGGUGCUAAGGGAGAGCCCGGUACUGCUGGUGCCCCCGGUGGUCAGGGACCCCCAGGUAUGCAGGGAAUGCCCGGUGAGCGCGGUGCUGGCGGUCUGCCCGGUGUCAAGGGAGAGAAAGGUGAGGGUGGACCCAAGGGUCUUGAUGGUGCCCCUGGCAAGGAUGGCAUGCGUGGAAUGACUGGUGCUAUUGGACCACCUGGACCUCCCGGUGGUCAGGGUGAGAAGGGUGAGCCUGGAGCCCUUGGCGUUGCUGGACCCACUGGACCUCGCGGUUCCCCUGGUGAGCGUGGAGAGUCUGGCCCUCCUGGACCUGCUGGAUUCGCUGGACCCCCUGGUGCUGAUGGUCAGCCUGGUGCCAAGGGAGAGACUGGUGACUCUGGACCCAAGGGAGACGCUGGUGCUGCUGGCCCUGCUGGACCCGUCGGAGCUGCUGGACCUCAGGGACCUGCUGGUCCCUCUGGACCCAAAGGUGCUCGUGGUGGUGCUGGACCCCCUGGUGCUACUGGUUUCCCCGGACCCGCUGGCAGAGUUGGACCCCCCGGCCCUGCUGGAACUGCUGGACCCGCUGGACCCACUGGACCCACUGGCAAAGAGGGACAGAGAGGAGCUCGUGGUGAGACUGGUGCUGCUGGUCGCCCUGGUGAGCCUGGUGCUGCUGGACCCCCCGGACCUUCUGGAGAGAAGGGAUCUGUUGGCUCUGACGGACCUGCUGGUGCCCCUGGUAUCGCUGGACCUCAGGGUAUUGCUGGACAGCGUGGUAUUGUAGGUCUGCCUGGACAGCGUGGAGAGCGUGGUUUCGGUGGUCUGCCCGGACCAUCUGGUGAGCCUGGAAAGCAGGGACCUUCUGGACCUGUUGGUGAGCGUGGACCUCCUGGACCCAUGGGACCCCCUGGACUGGCUGGUGCUCCCGGAGAGGCUGGUCGUGAAGGAUCUGCUGGUCACGAUGGUGCCCCUGGUCGUGAUGGACCUCCUGGCCCCAAGGGAGACCGUGGUGAGAGUGGUGUUGCUGGACCUCCUGGUGCCCCUGGUGCUCCUGGUGCCCCUGGAGCUGUUGGCCCCUCUGGCAAAUCUGGUGACCGUGGAGAGGCUGGUCCUGCCGGUCCUGCUGGCCCAUCUGGUCCCGCUGGUGCCCGUGGUGCUAAUGGCCCUGCUGGUGCUCGUGGAGACAAGGGAGAGGCUGGAGAGGCUGGAGAGAGAGGCCACAAGGGACACAGAGGAUUCUCUGGCAUGCAGGGUCUUCCCGGACCUGCUGGCUCUGCUGGAGAGCAAGGACCCGCUGGUGCUUCUGGACCUGCUGGACCUAGAGGACCUGCUGGAUCUUCUGGUGCCCCUGGUAAGGAUGGCAUGAACGGUCUGCCUGGACCCAUUGGACCCCCUGGACCUCGCGGUCGCAAUGGAGAGAUGGGACCUGCUGGACCUCCCGGACCCCCUGGACCUCCCGGACCCCCUGGAGCCCCUGGCGGUGGAUUUGAUUUCAUCAGCCAGCCUAUUCAGGAGAAGGCCCCCGAUCCCUUCCGUGGUGGCCACUACCGUGCUGAUGACCCCAACAUGAUGCGCGAUCGCGACAUGGAGGUUGACACCACCCUGAAGACCCUGACUCAGAAGAUCGAGAACCUCCGCAGCCCCGAGGGUACCCAGAAGAACCCUGCCCGCAUGUGCCGUGACCUGAAGAUGUGCCACCCUGAGUGGAAGAGCGGCAUGUACUGGGUUGACCCCAACCAGGGCUCUAUUCUGGAUGCUGUCAAGGUUCACUGCGACAUGGAGACUGGCGCCACUUGCGUCUACCCCAGCGAGUCCAGCAUCCCCAUGAAGAACUGGUACCUCAGCAAGAACGCCAGAGAGAAGAAGCACGUCUGGUUCAGCGAAGCCAUGACUGGUGGAUUCCAGUUCCAGUAUGGCACUGAUGGAGCUGAUACCGAGGACGUCAGCAUCCAGAUGACCUUCAUGCGCCUGAUGUCCAACCAGGCCUCUCAGAACGUCACAUACCACUGCAAGAACAGCAUUGCCUACAUGGACUCUGCCACCGGCAACCUGAAGAAGGCCCUGAUGCUCCAGGGCUCCAAUGACAUCGAGAUCAGAGCUGAGGGCAACAGCCGCUUCACAUACAGCGUCAGCGAGGAUGGCUGCACGUCACACACUGGCACAUGGGGCAAGACAGUCAUUGACUACAGCACAUCAAAAACAACCCGCCUGCCCAUCAUUGACAUUGCUCCUAUGGAUGUUGGUGCACCUGAUCAGGAAUUUGGCGUUGAAAUUGGCCCAGUUUGCUUCUUGUAAAAAGGAAAGAAAUAUGGACAUGAAAUUGUUGUUUUUUUUCUAGCAGUCAUCUCUAAAUCCUUUUCUAUGCAUUCAAAACUCAUUCGGCUGCCAUUGGUCCACAUGCUUAAAACCACUCUACUGAAGACAGUGUUUGUGUUUUUCCAAUCCUGAGAAGCAUUUUUUCGGGACUGCUACCUUCAACCGAAACCAACCACAAGGACACUUUAAAAGAAUCUUUUGUUUCCACUGGCAACAAGAAAAUAAUAUAUGCUUGUGUAAAAUUUCCCCCUGGAGUUUGAAAAAAACAAAAAAGAUCUACACACACAAUGAAACACAGGUGACGUUUGCCAUUUUUUUACCACUGCAGAAGGACAUUGAAAACAACAAAUAUGUACCAUUUUCUGGUGUUAAAUAAAUUGUAAAAAGUGUGAAGUGUCUUCUUGUGCUGACUUCAUGAAAA